GUGACCUUAUAAAAAAAUGAGAAAUAAAUACGAAAUGAACCGAUAUAUGGUCUUGAUUCGGUGAGCCAAUAAGAUUAAGCCACAAUGCUGGGAACAAAGGCUUUGAUUAUGUGGGAUCUACCGUGAUUAAGCCAGGCUGUCAGAAACAGUGAAGAAGAAGAAGCAGGGAAGGCAAGGGGAAGAGUAAGAGGGUGAAAAUGGGUCUGCUUUCAAACAAGGUAGAGAGGAAUGAGAUCAAACCAGGAGACCAUAUUUACACUUACAGAGCUGUUUUCACCUACUCUCACCAUGGCGUCUUUGUUGGUGGAAGCAAGGUGGUUCACUUUAGACCUGAAAGAAACUUGGAUUCCAGCAUUGAGUCAUCUUCUGAGCUAUAUGAUCCUAUAUCCCCUCAAUCAGCUUGUCCAAUCUUUCCCGAUUGCGGCUUCCGGCAGCCAAACAGUGGAGUAGUUCUCUCAUGCCUGGAUUGCUUCCUUCGAAACGGUUCUCUCUACUGCUUCGAGUACGGUGUGACCCCAUCGGUUUUCCUUGCCAAAGUGCGUGGAGGCACAUGCACCACAGCAGUGUCUGACCCUCCUGAAACGGUUAUCCACCGAGCAAUGUAUCUUCUUCAAAACGGAUUUGGAAACUAUGACAUAUUCAAGAAUAACUGUGAGGACUUUGCGCUGUAUUGCAAAACCGGUCUUCUGAUCAUGGAGAAGCUUGGGGUCGGAAGAAGCGGUCAGGCUUCAUCGGUGAUCGGUGCCCCCUUAGCUGCUCUCCUUUCUUCUCCACUAAAGCUGUUGAUGCCAAGUCCUGUAGGCGUGGCAACGGUUACAGCAGGAAUGUACUGUAUGAGCAGGUAUGCAACCGAUGUAGGUGUUCGAAGCGACGUGAUAAAGGUUGCCGUGGAAGAUUUGGCUGUGAACCUCGGCUGGGCAGCACCCCAUGAUGAAGCAGCUCAGGGAAAGGGGGCUUCUAACCGACGACUCAUGACAUUGUAACAUGGUGUAAUAUUUGAUUGAACUCACCAUGCGAUCGAGUCUUUCUCUGUCUUAACUCAGAACUUAUCAUCGUUUUCUAGCAGUUUAAGCUGUGUAUUCAGAAACAACUUUUAACAAAGAAAUAAUGAAAUCAGGGACAGUGGU